AUGACUAACGAUUCUUGGCUGGAGAUAUUCGGAGAGGCAUCUGCGUCAUCAUUAGAGGCACCUUGCAGCGAUCACCUUCCUCUAAUCCUCUGGUCAGCACCGACUAUUCGCGUCAACAGGAGAAAGCGGUUCAGGUUUGAGAAUUGUUGGAUCACUGAGCCUCAAUGCCGUGAGAUCAUCAGCCGCAACUGGGUUCUAUCUGAAGGGAUGAAUUUGAGCACAAGGUUCGACAUAUGUAGCAGGGCUCUUUGGAAUUUGGGGAAAAAUCUGAACAAGAGUCUUCAACCUAAGAUUGAAUUUUGGAAAAGGAGAAUGGAAUAUCUAAGAGGAAGGUCUGAUAACCAAGGAAUUCUGGAAUUUAUUACAGCUCAAAGGAAUUGCAUUCAACUGAUUGAGAAACACGGCACAUACUGGAAGCAGAGAGCAAAAGUUUUCUGGUAUAAAGGUGGGGAUAACAAUUCAAAGUUCUAUCAUAAUUCUGUCUAG